CCCUGAAGCACUGGGUGAGGGAGCGAGCAGUUUGUGUAGUGCACUGUGGCGGGUGAGGGUCAUGUUGCUGCGACUGUUCCUUCUCUGGGUCCUGGUGGCCUGCUCCCCUGCCACACCAAACACCAAGAACAGCUAUAGACAGGAAUUUGCCUGGACAGAUGGCGCCAGUUGUAAUGAUGUUGCCUCACAGGUAAAGGUGUUGGAACAGAAGCAACUUGAAGUCACUGAUGGUGUGAUGACUCUACUAAGUAGAGUAGACAACCUGACUGAUGUGGUCUCUACUCGCCUCACCAUUGAUGACAGGUGUAUAGAAGGUGUUGAGGAGAGAGUUGAGGCCACCUGUCGCCUCCUGGACGACCUGAGGCAGCAGCAGGAUGUUAACACAGCACACCACGCAGAGAGUCAGCAGCUUAAGGAGGCUAACGCUCGCCUGAAGACUGAGAUCCUCCUGGCUGAGGAAGAAAGUAGGAAGUCUAAGGCCGACAUGCGUCUCGCAGAGGAGGAAAAUCGUGUUCUGAAGGCCGAGAUUCGUCAAGUAGAGGAGGAGGCGAGGCUGGUCAAGAGAAGGAACCAGGAGCUAGAGCUCGCGGAGACCCACGCCCAAGAGCAGAAGACGAUGGCAGCGAAGCUCGCUGAGCUAGAGAGUGAGAACCAGCUCCUGCAACACCUUAACAAUAACACACAGGGACACAUAGAACUUGUUGAAGACAAACUCUCUUUCUUGGAGAGUGAGAAGAGAGAUGUUGAAGACAAACUCUCCAUCUUGGAGAGUGAGAAGAGAGAUGUUGAAGACAAACUCUCCAUCUUGGAGAGUGAGAAGAGAGAUGUUGAAAACAAACUUUCGCUCACCGAAGAAGAGGUCAGAAUCUUGAAAACAGAAAAGGCAGUUUCAGAUGAAGAAAACGAAGAGAGAAUUAGGAGAACUGUGGAGGAGAAGACACUUGUUGAAUACCAACUGGAAGAAAAGAUCCUGAACCUACAAAUGUUAAACCAGACUCUGGAAGAGAAAAAUGAAAUAAUCAGGAAAGAAGUGGAGGAGAAUAAGCAUCUUGAAGAGCGUCUCUUCCACAUGGAAGGGGAGGUCACCAGCUUGCGAGCAGCUCAACAACAAACCAAAGAAGGAAUAAAGCAGCAAAUAUUGAAUAUUGAAGGUGAAAAGAAUACAAUAGUAGAGAGGAACCGCUUGAUGGAAGAGGAACUCAAUAACUGCAAGAAGAAUGUUAGCGAACUUUACUUCAGGUCAAGGCCAGCGAGGGACUGUGCGGAGCUGUACUGUGGCGGUGUGAGGCAGGAUGGUGUCUAUCUCAUCAAUCACGGCAGAGAGGGACGGUUGGUGACUGCCUGGUGUGACAUGACUUCCGCCGGAGGCGGGUGGACGGUAUUCCUCCAGCGGAACAAGGGAUCACCCACAUGGGUGGAGUUCGCAAGAGACUGGCAGGGUUACAAGCAUGGCUUCGGUAGUGCCUCAACUGAGUACUGGUUAGGGAACGAGGCGCUGCACCAGCUGACCCAACAUACACCUCAGACCCUCCGGGUGGCCGCAGGAAACAUCAGGAAUGAGCGAAACUGGGCAGCUUGGUCCUCCUUCAGCGUCGCCGACGAGAAUACCGGGUACCAGUUGCUGGUGGAUGGGUACCAGGAAAGCAGUACCUUAGGAGAUUUCCUUGUGAAACAUAUUAACUUCAGUGGAACAAAAUUCUCCACCUACGACAGAGACAAUGAUAAUUGGCCAGAUGGCUCCUGUGUUGGAUCAUACGGGAUGAGAGGCGGUUGGUGGUUCAAGUAUUGCAGCUAUGUUUUUCCCACUGUUCCCCACGCUAAAGUGAUGACUAGGUACUGGACACCUAACGUCAACAGGGAGGUCCGCCUUAACGAAUUGAGAAUGAUGAUACGACCAAGAAACUUUCCUACCUGUCCUGUGUGACUGGUCUCAGGAAAAUAGGUUGAGGGUGGUGAGCUUUCGUUGUGGUGAGCUGGUGGUGAUAAUGGUGAGCUGAUGAUGUUAUGGUGAGCUGGUGGUGAUGAUAGUGAGUUGAUGAUGAUGAGGUGAGCUGGUGGUGAUGAUAGUGAGAUGAUGGUAGUUCCUUAUGCCCAGUCUGUUUACCUUAUUAAACCUUGUGCAUUU